GUUUUGCAUUCAAAUAUUAUUAGUGCAUUGCAGUGACCAAGUUUGAGUAAACAUAUUUAGAUAGUUUUGCUGAGGAACCUUAACGUAUGGAAAGAAAAACGCAAACUCGUCAACAACUUUCUAAGAACGUGUGUCUCCAAAGGGUCACCAAAUAAAGAAACCUUGGAAGAUCAAAUAAGAAAGCAUGCCGAAGAAUUUAUUCACUACAUUCGAAAUCAGGGAACAUUAAAUUCUUUAGAAGCCACAGCUCACUAUGUCACUAGUACCACACGUUCCCUAAUUUUGGGCACAUCGUUCACGCUUGAAGACAAAACAAGACAAACUAUAAUAAAGAACAUCCAAGGUGCAAUGAGCAUGUUUUAGUCGCCUUAAGGAGUUUUUUAAUCGUUUUUUUGUCACUUCGUUUUAAUCUUUUUUUACUCUUUUGGGAAAAAAUGUUCAAAAAUAAUAAAAAUUAAUUAUUGUUCGUGAGGUUCUGCAAACUCCUGUUAAAGUCGACUGGCCUGUGUCUGUAUUAUUAUUAUAUGUUGGCUAAUGGAAGAAAGAUUCAAGAAUAAGGACGCACUUUAAUCUAUUACAUAGUACAACAGGUUUAUCUGCGUUUCAAUUUCUAGAAUUUUCAUUGCAAUGUCAAUACAACACUGUGCAUGGUAACAGCAGGAAAAAAUUGUCACUAAAACACCAACAAAAUGACUGAAUUAAUCGUCGUUUCGUUAGCACUAUUAAUACUUAUAGCUACAUACAUAUAUUAUCGCCAUCAAAAUUACCUCCCAGGCCCAUGGAACUUACCAGUAAUUGGUUAUUUACACAAGAUAGAUCCAAAAGUGCCUCAUUUGUCGUUUUUAAAACUCACCCAAAAAUAUGGUCCAGUCUAUAGGGUAAAGCUUGGAUUGUUUAACACCGUAUUCAUCUCUGAUGUAAAAUUACUAAAGCAAGUGUUAAUGAAGGAAGCAACUAUUUCAAGACCACCUCUUCAUCUCUUUGAAAUUAUAUUUGGAGAUAAAGGAAUCAUAUACUCUUCUUCUGAUGUAUGGAAAGAUCAAAGAAAAUUUGUAAGUAACUUCUUAAGAGUGUCAGGUGCCACCAAAAUGUCCCCAAACAAAGAAGCUUUAGAAAAUCAAUUGAAACAAAGUGUUCAAGAUUUUAUCCAAUAUGUCCAAAAUCAACGUAAUCCUGCGACGUUAAAUCCAACAGAAGCUGUAAUAAAUUAUGUAACUGACAUAACUAGCAGCUUAAUUUUAGGGACACGUAAUAGUAAAUUAGUGAAAAUUCUAACACAUAAGGUCGAUAAAGUAAUAAAACAAUGUCAGGUCACUGGACCAGUGAAUUUCUUACCAUUUUUGCGUUUUCUACCAAAAUAUAGAAAGGGCGUAAAAUCAAUUCGAGACUCAAUGACCGAAAUUUUUAACAUAUAUGACAAAAUCGUCUGUGAAAAUGAAAAAACCAACAACGAUAACAAAUUAACGAAUCUUGUCGACACACUUAUAUUGGAUAAAUCUGUGGACAAAGCGUGCAGUAUAGAUCAACUGCAUAUUUUAUCUAACAUGUUCGGUGCUUCUACUGAAACUACCAUUACUACGAUAGUGUGGGGUUUGCUGUACUUGGCGCACUUCAAAGAAGUCCAAAACAAAAUUCGAAAAGAACUUUGGGAUAUUCUUCAAGACAAACCUCCACAGAUAGGUGAUUUACCAAAACUGCCAUAUAUGGAAGCCACUUUAGCUGAAGUAACAAGAAUAAGGUCUUUAUUUCCGUUGGGUUUUCCUCAUUAUACCACUGACGAUGUAUGUGUGGAAAAUGUGACAAUUCCGAAAAAUACUGUCAUAAUGCCGUUCUUGUGGGCGAUCCAUAUGGAUCCAAAAGCAUGGCGGAACCCUGAAGAGUUUUGUCCUGAACGAUUUUUGAACGACGAAGGAAAAUUUUACCAACCUGAAUCAUUCCUUCCGUUUCAAUCUGGUAAAAGGAUAUGUGCUGGUAAAGAUGUGGCAACUAUGAUGGUCUUUAUGUUUGUGGCAACUGUCUUACAGGAAUUUAAAUUGGAGGGUUGUAACGGUUCAGGUUCUGUAGAUCUGUCUUAUGAUUGUGGUUUAACCACAACUCCUAAACCACAAGAUCUGAUUUUUGUGAAGAUAUAGAAAGGAAUUUAGUGUGAGAACACUUGUGUCUAUAUCUGGUUUUGACUAUUUUGUUAUUAACAUAAUAUAUGGGUUUACGGUAUUAUUGUGAAUAAUUAAUAAAAUAAUAAAGCAAA